UCGGCAGUCUCGGCUCGGCAUCAGGAUCAGUCUGCGAUUGGCGCUCGCUUUGGUAGUAUCGUGCGGUGAAUGACUUCGAAACGAUCUAUGGACUGUCGCACGUUCUUAUGAUUCAUCAUUACCGAGUGCUAACUAAAGUCGCUUCGCGACAGAAUCUCGGGUUGCAAGUUCUUUUUUGGAUAUAAUUUUUCGUUUUCACUUUGAAAAGAUCACGCGAGGAAACGCCAUAGUGGUUCGAUUAUCUUAUCGCGGUGUGCGGAAAGCGAAACGAGAGGUGAGGUCCGCCUUGCGACGAGUGUUACGUAAUCGUCGAGACCGGCCAGAAUAAUGAAGUCGAAGACGAGCGAAAAUUUGAUUGCGAGUGAAAGUAACGGGGUCAAGAGAGACCAGGAACUCAAGCUGAAGCAGCUGAAGAAGGGUAAAACGUUCUGUCAGGCUUGCAAGAAGAAGUGCAGCGGGGAGGUUCUACGAGUGCAGGACAAGUAUUUCCACAUAGGGUGUUUCAAGUGCGCUCAGUGCAACGCGAGCUUAGCGCAGGGUGGCUUUUUCGCUCGCGAGGGCUCUUACUAUUGCACCAAGGAUUAUAGGGAACGUUGGGGGACGAAGUGCGCGGGCUGCGGAGAAUACGUGGAGGGCGACGUGGUCACCGCCGGUGAGAAGCACGCGUUUCAUCCUAACUGUUUUCACUGCCAGAGAUGUAGACAACCGUUGCUAGGACAGGGGACCAAAGUAUCCCUCGUUCAGGGUCAAGCUCUGUGCCACCGAUGCGUCGGCAUCCCUGUUCGAGAGGCCUCGACGCCGGUCGGGAAUAGCACUGCCACCAGAGGAGCCGGAGACGGGCCCUCUGACCCCGGUUCCUGCGCCGGUUGCGGAAAUCAAUUGAGGGAAGGUCAGGCUUUGGUCGCGCUCGAUCGACAAUGGCACGUAUGGUGCUUCAAAUGCCAUAGCUGCGAUACCGUGCUACACGGAGAAUACAUGGGAAAAGACGGGGUGCCUUACUGCGAGAAGGAUUAUCAGAAACAAUUCGGCGUGAAAUGCGCCUAUUGCAAUCGUUACAUCAGUGGGAAGGUGCUGCAGGCCGGUGACAAUCAUCAUUUUCAUCCGACUUGUGCUCGUUGCACCAAAUGCGGCGACCCUUUCGGUGACGGAGAGGAGAUGUAUUUGCAAGGCGCCGCCAUAUGGCACCCACGUUGCGGUCCGGGUCCGAGCGGCCCGAACGGCAUCGUGAACGGUCACGGAGAAGCGCACACGCCGCAGCAUCGAGAAUCUGAACGGAUUUCCAGCAGCGCCUCGGAGAUGCAGUUUUCAUUGCGGUCACGCACGCCAAGCCUGAACGGAUCACUCUGCAGCCCUUACAGCAGCCUCAGUCGCAAGUAUUACCCCGCGCGAACCGGCAGUCCCGGAUUGAUAUUGCGAGAAUAUGGACGUGGUCCAUCAGAAGACGUGUCCAGGAUUUAUACUUACUCGUACUUGACCGAAACGCCCAGCCAGGGAUACCUGAGACGUCCGAUACAGCCCUACGACAAACCACCGACAAGUCCGCAUUUUCAUAGACCCAGCUCGUCACGUUCGAUAAGAAGCAGUGGCGGACGUAGUAGUCGAUCCGGAAUGCGUGCCCUGGUCGAUGCUCUCAGCGAGACCAGACCGAAGUCACCGGCCAGUCAAGUAGAUAAUGACGAGCCAAUAGAACUAGCGCAUUAUCCGGAUGCUAUGAAACAUCCUCCUGGCACGAAGACGCCAAUCGAAAGAGAUGAUUUUCCCGCUCCGCCUUAUCCUUACACAGACCCUGAAAGACGCAGACGAUGGUCCGAUACUUACAAGGGGGUACCUGCAUCAGAUGACGAGGAUGAGGUGGAUAAUAAAAUGUAUAUUAAAGAGGCAGAGGAGAAACUGAAGAAAGAACAAGACGAGCUGAGUAAAAUCGACACCGGGAUAGCAAAAGUGUUCCUGCAUGAUCGGGAAAAGGAUCGAGAGAAUCUGAGACAUAAGGCGGCAAACGUCGAUCCUAGAAACGCUUCGAGAACUCCAUCCGCUGCCAGAGAACCGACCUACAGAUUGCGAUACGAAAGUCCAGUCGGGGCAUCGCCAUCGAGAAAUAUAGAUCACGCCAGGCCAUGGGAAGACGAUGAUGGUUACAGUUACAGAUCAAGCGUAGGGCCCAGUUACAACGUUGGGAGGUCAUCGGCACGUUCCCCGGCUCCCAGAAACUAUCCACCCCUUGGUACUCAACGCGCCUUCACUCUUCCAAACGCCGCUAGGCACUAUCAUUCGGUGAUUGUGAGCUCCCUUCGGCACAUCCCGAAGCCAGGGUACGGUCUGGCACCGCGAAGUCACACCUUCUCCUCGACCGGCGGUUCUGUAUCUGCUCUCCCUGGUGAUUAUUCAUUCAGUGGGAUGGGAGACAAGACGCACAGCACUGAUUUUUCAUCCGGCAAAUCAGAUAUAUCGACAGGCAGCAUCACGGAUGUGGAUCGACGGGCAUUGAAUGAUGGUGGUAUGCUGCCAUCAUCCACCACAUAUACAGGUGGGCUAGGUUCGGUAGUCGGAAGUCGCGGGGGACAUCACGUAAGGAGAUCACUGCCAGACAUGGGUACGGCGCCAUCCGAGCCGCCGAAACUCUAUCCUUACCAUUUACUUGUCAUCACCAACUAUAGGCUGCCAGCUGAUGUGGACCGUUGCAACCUCGAACGGCACUUAUCCGAUGCAGAAUUCGAGGCGGUUCUCCAGUGCACUCGCGCCGAAUUCUAUAGACUACCGCAAUGGCGUCGUAACGAAAUCAAAAGACGCGCCCGGCUGUUUUAACCGACGGCAAUUACGCUACGUGUUAUACUUAUUAUUACCUUCAUCGUGUCACGACUGUGUUGUUACCGUACUGAUAGAGUGUACAUUCCUUCUUACUGGAACACGUAUUCGUUUGUUCGUUCCGCGAUGAAGCGACGAUGGGCAGGUAUCGCGUCGAUACGAAACAUUCACAGGAUCAUCGUCGCAUUUAGCCACGGACACACGAAUACAGACACGUUCGUCGCUUACACGAUGAUGUACACAUCAACACACAGUACACAUACACAAAAUACACGCUAUCACUUGGUCGUCAAUUUUCUUCUCUCAGCAACGAAUCCACAGGUAGCUUAAUCGUUAACGAGAGUAAAUAGAGUUCAUUGUCUCCUGUGACUUCGGUGCUUCUUUCGGGAGAAUACUUGCUGUUCAUAAAGAAAAGUAAAAAACAGAGGGAGGGGGCAGGAGGAAAGUAAUGUUUCCACAAGGGAAAGUAAAAGUGAAUAUAAUAUAUCUGUCUAUGCUAAGAUAAGAGGACAAGACAGAGAACACUGAAACGUUCGAACUCGACGUUGUUAGGGAAAAGAAAAGGAUAUAUUGAAUGUAUAUCAAUAACUAUUAUUGGUUUUCAAAUGGAAAACAGUCCGAGGGGAAGAAGAAAACUCAUAACUUAGCAUAUACUCCGAUUUUCGUGAACCAGGUUGUCUUCGGUUCUGUAGAAGCGAUUUUGUCUUUGGUUCUGAAAAACCGAUUCGACGGUAGAUGGGUAAUUAAUUUUAGGAAAGUACGUAGUUAAACUUAAGUGAGACACACCAGGAUCGUACGAGGUUUUAUCAUUUAACAGGAACAUUGUCUUUAAUAUUGAUCCGCGUGAACGUAUAAAUUUAAAGAUAAUGACGCGAAGGAAGAAUAUUCAACGCGGAUAUGUGUAGCAGCCAGAAAAAUGGUGUAAUACUCGUUGAUAGUGCGCAUUCGUUGUUGUAAAUAAACGAAACGAUAGCUAUUAGGAGAGGAUGAAAGAAGCAACGGGAGUACAAAGAGAAAUAUAUACAUAACGUAUAUACCAUUUCAACAGUUCGCUUGAGUCACACAAACAACACAUCUACUAUUUGCAAAGGGUUAUAACACAAGAAAGCGCUACUAUUAUAAGAGCAAUUAUUAUUAUUAUUAAUUAUUAUUAUUAUUACACUAUUAAUUUUUAACUAUCAUUAUUAUUAUAUUUUAUUGUAAGGAAAAAUGAGAAGUUUAAGGUAUAAGUAGAUAGGAAGUCAGCUUGCCGAGUGAUGUAACUAUCGAUAUACUUAAAAUACCGUUCCACUGGUUUUAACAUAUCUGUUGACAAAGCAACAUACUAUAAUACAAAUAGUACUUCACUCGAUUUCAUUGAUUUAUAUAUAAUUUACAUCAACAUGCAAUCAUUCUUUCGGCAUAUAUCUAUAUAAAUCCAAACAAAGUGAGGAUUGCCCGAGUACGUCAGACGGCAAGCUGCAUAUGUGAAAGGAAGAGCGUGUAUGUGCACACGUUAAACGAAAUGUAUCUUUUUUCGUACUUUUCCGUAGAAUAUAAUAUAUACAGGAUGUCCCAAAAUGCACGAUUUCCCUCUCAGCUUAUGAAAGAGGAUGAAAUUCUGAGUGAAGAGUUCCACUUGUUCCUCUACAGUGACAGUUUUACUCGGACACGCCAUUGGUCCACUUUCUCCGUUAAUAACUUAUUAGUAACUGUUAGAGGAAAAAGUGGAAGAUGGACUGUCGACUUUCGUCCUCUUUCACAUCCUAAGAAGGAAGCCGUGAAUUCUGGGACACUUUGUAUAUCAGGGGCGAUCGCAAAAUUACGUUCAAAAGGGGGGAAUAAAAUAGUAAUAAUAGUAAACAUUUUCAAUUUGGUACGAGAAUCCACACCGUAGUGGGAAAUAAUUUAAACGAGAUCCUGAAGUCGCGUUUUAACUUUACAUUUCGUCUUUUACCCUAAGUCAUAUGUGCCUAUAUAUAUAAAAAAAAAAGAUAAAAAUGUCGGC